AUAAAAAGCUGUGAAAUUGGUGGAAGAAUGUUUGUUAUAAAUUAAUCAAAAUAAUCCAUAUUUAUUUUAGUGAAUUUUAUACAACUGUGUGUUUAUAAUUUAUAGAGAUGAGGAUAUAAGCAAGUGUGGAAUGAUGAGUUACCUUACCGUGGACAGGCAAACGCCGUCCUCUAGCACUGACAAGUCUGGUGAUGCAAGCGACAAUAAUGAUGAUCUUGAGGUGGACAACUCCAAGAGCGUCCUCCUCAAGAUCGCCACGUUGUAUGCGGAGCAGCUGAUGAGCGACCUAGUCUUGGAGGUGGCAGGCGUGGGGUACCCGGUCCACCGGCUCAUACUGUGUGCCAGCAGUGAAGUCUUCCAGGUCAUGUUGAUGAACCGUGAAUGGAGCGAAUGGCGGGAGAGCCGCGUGGUACUGCAGGAGACACCAACCGCCGCUUCUGUGUUCCCGCAUUUUUUGAAGUACUUUUACACUGGACAAAUUCGGAUAUCCCAUCAGACUGUGCUUCCCGUAUUAUCGCUGGCUGAUAAAUACAAUGUUAAGGACCUGGUGACGCUGUGCCUGACGUAUAUGUCGCAGCACAUCGCGCAGGCUGCCAAGCGCGGCCAGCUCAUCGCCUGGAUGCAAUAUACCAUGGCUUGUGGCCAUAAUGACGUCGCCAAGGCGUGCCAGAACUUCGUGAAGUGGAACCUGGAGUGGGUGUGGUCGGACGCGGAGCUGGCCGAGCUGGACGGCGAGACGCUGCUGGCGCUGCUGCAGCAGAGCGACCUCGUGCUGCACAACGAGAUGAGCCUUUACCAGUCACAAAGUCUGCUGCAGCAGAGCGACCUCGUGCUGCACAACGAGAUGAGCCUCUACCAAUCACAAAGUCUGCUGCAGCAGAGCGACCUCGUGCUGCACAACGAGAUGAGCCUUUACCACGCUGCUCCAGCAGAGCGACCUCGUGCUGCACAACGAGAUGAGCCUCUACCAAUGCGCUUCAAAGCGCUGCUGCAGCAGAGCGACCUCGUGCUGCACAACGAGAUGAGCCUUUACCAUUUCGUGGUGCGGUGGCUAAGCAAGCAGCGCACGCGACUGGACGCGCAGGGGCUUGGUGAAGCGGAAGCCAAACUGCACUGGGACUCGCUGGUCGCUGCUGUCUUCUCGCACGUCAGGUUCCCGAUGAUGUGCCCGAACCAGCUGGCCAAGCUGCUGCUGUGCCCGCUGACGCAGGAGCAUAAGGAGUUCUUCAUGGAGCGCAUGGCCAUCGCUAUGAGCUACCAGUCAGGUCAAUACGAGCGCGUGGCAGAAGUGCAGCAAUCGGAAGCGGGCCGCAUGCUGUUCACACCGCGCCUCUACACCGAGGACACGUGGGGCUCCGUGCUUGGGGUUGACAACUUCCACUCGCUGGCCUGCUACCACACGAGGACCUUCAUCUUCAGCACCAGGUCGUCGAUGGCGGAGGUGUGCUCGGAGCGGCCGGCGGAGUGGUCGGUGGACCUGUACCCUAAGGGCGUGUGGUUCCGCAAGAGCCUGCUCAUCGUCUGGGCCGGAACCUUCGACGUGCCAGAGGUGGUACUGCGGACGGUGCGCAUCGCGAUCACGUGCCAGAACUGUCCCGAGCGCGCGCCCGACGACUGGGCCGGGCCCGAGCCCGACGUCAGGGUCAAGAUUGGAAUCUUAGUAUGGGGAGUGCAGAAAGGUGUAGAACACGUCUCUUCUGUCGUAGAGAGGGUGCAUCGAUUCUCAUCGCAAAACAGAGUGCUCAACAUUGACGGAGCGUUGGACUUUGACGAGUUAAACACUCCACUUUACACGCCGUCCGCCAGCGAGGCCACCACCACCAUAGAGCCGCCCGUCACCCACAAGGGACCCACUCGGUGUCCAAAAUGUACAGACACUAGCGACGAUCCAGAACCGAGGCAUCUAUUGGGACCCAACAGGGAUCAAUUACGGAUACAAGUAGUAAUCGUCCCGCUAACGGACUACUGUCACGUGGGCGACGCGGCGUGACGCCCACGACCCGCCGUGACGUCACGCGGACGCUCAGUGCUCGGUGUGAGACGUUAACCAAUGCAGCGGUCAAGUGCGAACGCUUACUGUACUGUACUACUAGACAAGCUGUUCCGAUAAAGAAAUAACCAGCUAUAGUCAAACGAUGCUGAAACGUCAAGUUGCAAAAAUUGGAAUU